GAGCCUGGGUGUCCACCUGUCUAAGGUGAGAUCUCUCACUCUGGACUCAUGGGAGGCUGAACAGCUGAAGCUGCUCUGUGUUCUGGGAAAUGAUGUCAUGAACCGGAUCUAUGAGGCGCGAUGUUCAGAGGAAGGGCGGAUCAAACCCAGCGCCGACAGCCCGCGGACAGAGAAAGAGACAUGGAUCAAAGAGAAAUAUGUGGAGAAGAGAUUUGUGCAGAGCAGCAGCUCAGCUGGAGCUCAUGGUGGAAAAGGCGAGGCCGGGCUGCGUCUGUAUCGGGCUGCGCUGGCCGGAGACCUGAUUGCCAUGGCAGCAGCAUUGGCACAGGGGGCAGAGGUCAACGGGAGUAUCGCUGAGAAAGGGGGACACACAGCUCUAAUAGGAACUGCUGUCGGG